GGCGUCGUCAGAGUACAACAAACUGCUGAGACCCAACUUCGGAGGGGAACCGGUGGUGGUGUACACUUCAAUCGUCAUCGACGGAAUUGGACCUGUCUCCCACGAAGACAUGGAGUUCACGAUGGACUUUUUCUUCCGUCAAAUGUGGCUGGACCCUCGACUGUCAUACCAGAACGCCACUUACCCUUAUAUCCAGUUCGGAUCAGAAAUCUCCGACAAGAUAUGGAAGCCGGAUACUUACUUCCUGAGUGCAGUCCACACCUCCGUGCACGCGGGAGGCUCCGUCAACUCACUCAUUCGCAUUCACCCCGAGGGACGUGUCCUCGUCAGUGAGCGACUUCGCGUGACCUCCAAGUGCUUCAUGAUUCUCACAUUCUUCCCUCUCGACACUCAGAAAUGCUCUCUCCUAGUCGGCUCAUACGGGUACACUGAAGACGACAUCAAGUACUCUUGGUUCUCCAGUGACCCUGUCUCCUUCAACGACGACAUCUCCACCAUCCAGAUCCCCCAGUUCAGAUACCAGAAACUAAUGCGCAAAAUAGCCACUCAUCAAUUAUCCACAGGAAACUACUCGUAUGCGAAACUGUCGAUCUACCUGGAGAGAAACAUAGCUGUGUUUGUGGUUCAAGUGUACCUACCAGCUGCCCUGAUUGUAACCAUCUCUUGGGUGACCUUUUGGGUGAAGAGGAAUGCGGUACCUGCUAGGGCAUCUAUCGGGGUCACAGCUGUGCUGACCAUGAUGACCUUGACUGCAGGCGGCGUCCUCAGAGAUCCAAGAUUCACAGAAGUCACCCCAAUGGACAUCUACAUAGGAGUCUGUUUUAUGUACGUGGUGGCCGCACUGGUUGAGAUGGCAUUUGUGGGCUACUUUGACAAACCCAGGUAUGCCAGCAGGGGCUCUUCUUUGGCACAGAUCAAGAAUACUGCCUACUUGCCCAUCGGAAUCUCCAUGGGUGGGGGUGUCAACCCCACCUCGCAGGCUGAUUAUGAGAUUUCAAGUUCCUCAGCGAAUGCCAGAAACAAUACCCAGGCCAAUCACAGCCAAAUGUUUCCACGCAUCAGCCAGAAACCAAAUGGGGAAAACUCCACGGGCGCAUCAAAUGACCAAUCAGAGAACAGGAAGAAACAUGCUAGCUUGAGCAAUUCUGAGCCCUCGUGCGAGUGUUAUAUCAGCGCACCUCGCAUCGACAUUUUCUCCAGAUUCACUUUUCCGAUGACAUUCUUUUUAUUUAAUGUGGUUUACUGGAUUUUAUUUCUACAUCAAGCGAGAAAAGCUUCCUCUCAACUUGAAGAUGACGAAUAAUUUGUUGAGUUUAAAAAAACAAUUAGUAGCUAGAAAUGAUGGAUUUAGGAUUUUCUCGAGGGGGAGCGGAUUUUUUAGGAUUA